AUGUCUUCCUCGGACCCAGAGAAACAUGUUGUCCAAAGCCCAGUUCAGCUAGCUUCAAACAGUCUUGACGAAAUAUCAGCAGCAACCAAACAUCGAGAUGACAACUAUGAACUGUACAAAGCCUCGCGAGAUCUCGAAACCGACCCCGCAGAAGCCAAACGAGUUCUUCGAAAAGUCGACUACAGAAUCGUCCCAAUCCUGGUCAUAACAUACAUGCUGCAAUACCUCGACAAAAACUCCAUCAACUUCGCUAGUGUCUACGGCCUCAAAGACGGAACUCAUUUAGAGGGACAAGACUACGCCUGGCUUGGCUCAAUAUUCUACUUCGGCUACCUCUUCUCCCAAUUCCCCUCCGGCUACCUCCUCCAACGCCUCCCGAUAGGGAAAUUCCUAUCCAUUGCUACAAUAUGCUGGGGCAUAAUCCUCAUCACCACCCCCGCCUGCAGCAGUUUUGCGGGCAUGGCAACAAACCGUUUCCUUCUUGGUGCGCUUGAAGCAACCGUUAACCCAGGCUUCGUCCUCAUGAUGAGCAUCUGGUAUACAUCUGCAGAGCAACCGCUUCGCCUGGAAAUAUACUACUCCACAAAUGGCGUGGCGACCAUGUUUGGCGGUCUGAUCGGGUACGCAGUCGGCCAUAUCAAGAGUGGGCUGCAGAAGUGGAUGUACGUGUUCCUAAUCUUCGGGUCUAUAUCGAUCGUGUGGGGCGUUGUUUCUCUCCUCGUCCUGCCAGAUCUACCAAGCACAGCAAAAUUCCUCACAGAACGUGAACGUCUUAUUGCCGUCAACCGCGUCGCUGCGAACCGCCAGGGCGUCAAGAACCACCAUUUCUCUCGCCACCAAGCCAUCCAGACAUUCCAGGAUCCGAAGACUUACAUUCUGUUUGUUAUGGCCGUCGGCGCACAGGUCCCUAAUUCCGCUCUUACAUCCUUCACAAGUAUUGUUGUCGGCUCGUUCGGUUUUGAUACCCUCGGGACACAAUACCUUCAAAUCCCCGGCGGAGCAAUCCAAUUUGUGGCGUUGAUUACUGGAGGAUAUAUCUGUACUCGGUGGCCGACCAACACCCGCUGUGCGACAAUGGUUGUGGCAAACACGAUUUGCAUCAUCGGCGCUGGACUACUAGUAGGACUUCCAAGCGAUAAUAAAUGGGGGCGUCUGGUUGCGUUGUGGUUAUGCUAUUUUCAGAGUUUGGGAUUUAGUCUUAGUCUCACAAUGGUGAGUAGCAAUGUGGCUGGGUAUACCAAGAAGCAGCUUACGGGGGCUAUUUUGUUUACUGGGUAUUGUGUUGGGAAUAUCAUCGGCCCACAGACAUUCAUUGACGCCGAAAAACCCGGAUACCAUAGCGCCUAUAUAGCGAUGCUCGUUGGGUACAGUGUUAAGCUCUCCAUGGUCUUCUUAUUGUACGCAUAUAUGUAUACCAGCAAUAAGAAAAGGGACCAGGAACAAGCGGAGCGGGGUGCGGCGAGUGAUGACGAAGAAAGGGAGGCUAUUGAGAGAGGGAUGCUGGAUGUCACCGAGUUGGAUAAUAGAGGGUUUAGGUAUAUUCUGUAGGGCAUAAGUGGAAUGGAGGUGAAAUGCUAGGGGAGGUCAGGACUGUCAUUGUUUAUUCGAGAGUGUUUUUAGGAACCGACUUAUACCCUUUCAAGCAUCUGAC